AUGGCGCGAGUACAAUUCGACAGCGAAGAGGGCGAGGGAAGCGUCUCUAGACCCGUUAAGAGAAUGCGCUGGGCUACAACUCGUAAGCCUGGUCAAAAUGGUGUCAAGAAAAGGCUCUCCCUGCUUCAGAGGAUGCCCAAAGUCACUCUCUCGACCUACGAGGAGAAGCCCGAUGGCCAGGAAAACCAUGGGGAGAUCUCAGAGGACAGUCCAAUGGGCCAGCAGCAACAGCAGGAGGUUGCGUCGACCGGGCGAACAAUCUACGUGAACGUGCCGCUUCCUCCUGAGGCCAAAACGGAAGACGGCCAUGUCAAGGCGCAGUAUUCGCGGAACAAGAUCAGGACGUCAAAGUACACCCCCCUCAGUUUCGUGCCCAAGAACUUGUACUUUCAAUUCCACGGUAUCGCCAACAUAUACUUCCUAUUCAUCAUUAUCCUAGAUAUAUUCUCGAUUUUCGGCGCAUCCAAUCCCGGUCUGUCCUCAGUACCUCUCAUCUUCUUCGUAACGGUGACCGCCAUCAAAGAUGCGGUCGAAGAUUGGCGCAGAACGGUGCUGGACACCGAGCUCAAUAAUUCUCCGGUUUACAGGUUGGUGGACUGGCACAACGUAAACUCUUCCGAGGACGACAUCUCUGCGUGGAGACGAUUCAAAAAAGCCUGUACAAGAACGGUCGUUGCUACCUAUCGCCGGAUGAAGAACUUGAGAAACAAGAAAGCUAAACAUUCAGAGAAGGAUUUGGACGGCAAUUCUCUUCAGCGCCAGGAUUCUACAGCUACCCGACCGACCAUUAGAGCAUCCAUUUAUUCAGAAAGGACUUCGUUCCAAUCAACCCACAGUCAGACGGGCAACGAUAUUGCAAUGACGCCAGUCCCCUCCCCAGCUUAUCGGUCGAGCGUAGCUCCGAAUGAACAACUCUCUCCCGACGGAGAACCGCCCAACAGCGCCUUUUCGUUCAACACCGCUGAGUCCGGUCGAGGCGGUGACAGAGCACCGUCUAUGGUCCGGACGCAGGACCCUGUGAAACAAAAAAGCUCCAUAAUCCCACACAAGGACUAUGGCAGCGUUAUUAACCGGCACAGAGACGUUCCAGAUAGCGCCCGGUUCAAGAAGGAUUACUGGAAGAAUGUACAAGUCGGCGAUUUUGUCCGGAUUUACAACGAUGAGCAGAUUCCGGCAGACGUCAUCGUCCUUUCAACCUCUGACCCGGAUGGAGCAUGUUAUGUCGAGACCAAAAACCUGGACGGUGAAACAAAUCUGAAGGUUCGGCAAGCAUUGCAGGCAGGGCGGAAGGUGAAACACGCAAAGGACUGCGAGUACGCCGAAUUCAUCAUCGAAAGUGAAGGUCCACACCCAAAUCUGUACUCUUACAGUGCCGUCGCCAAGUGGAAACAACGUGAUCCACGAGACCCCGACGCUCCCGUCCGUGAAAUGACCGAACCAAUCAGUAUCAACAAUCUCCUCCUUCGAGGCUGCAGUUUGAAGACCACGGAAUGGAUUCUCGGCAUUGUCGUUUUCACGGGCGGAGAGACGAAGAUCAUGCUGAACUCGGGCAUGACGCCUAGCAAAAGGGCGCGAUUGGCCCGAGAGUUGAACUGGAACGUGAUCUACAACUUCAUUAUCCUCUUUUUUAUGUGCUUGGUGUCCGGGAUCGUACAAGGCGUGACAUGGGCCCAAGGGAACAACUCUCUGGACUAUUUCGAGUUUGGCUCUAUCGGUGGCAGUCCCCCUUUGGACGGGUUCAUCACCUUCUGGUCGGCGGUGAUCUUAUUUCAGAACUUGGUGCCCAUCUCCUUGUACAUCACGCUGGAAAUUGUUCGAUCCCUCCAGGCGUACUUCAUCUGGUCCGACGUUCACAUGUAUUAUGAGAAGCUUGACUACCCAUGCACGCCGAAGAGCUGGAACAUCUCGGAUGACUUGGGCCAGAUCGAGUACAUAUUCUCAGACAAGACUGGAACCUUGACUCAGAAUGUCAUGGAAUUCAAGAAGGCUACCAUUAACUCAGUGGCAUACGGAGAGGCCUAUACCGAAGCAGAAGCAGGGAUGCGUCGGAGGCAGGGCGUGGAUGUCGAAGCCGAGGCCGCACGCAUCAACCAACAGAUUGCUGAAGCUCGUGUUAGCAUGUUGAGGCAACUGCGCGAAAUGCAUGAUAACCCUUACCUCCACGACGAACAAGUUACCUUCAUUGCCCCCGACUUCGUCGCCGACCUGAACGGGAGAUCUGGCGAAGAACAAGCAAAGGCAAACGAGCAUUUCAUGCUUGCUUUGGCCCUCUGUCACACCGUUGUCACCGAGACGACUCCCGGUGAUCCGCCCACAAUUGAAUUCAAGGCCCAGUCUCCGGAUGAAGCUGCCCUUGUAGCAACCGCUCGCGACAUGGGGUUCACUGUUCUUGGCCGUACCAAAGACGAUCUUCACGUGAACGUACUCGGGGAAGAUCGAACAUACCGCAUUCUGAACACAUUGGAGUUCAAUUCGACACGAAAGCGAAUGAGCGCCAUCGUGCGCAUGCCUGAUGGAAAGAUUAAACUGUUUUGCAAGGGCGCGGAUAGCAUGAUUUAUUCUCGCCUCGUCCGAGGCCAACAGCAAGAGCUCCGCAAAACGACUGCUGAGCACCUGGAGGUGUUUGCCCGAGAGGGUCUCAGAACACUCUGUGUGGCUGAGAGGGACCUCGACGAGGAAUUCUAUCAAGAGUGGAACAAGGACCACGACUUCGCAGCGCAAGCUUUGACCGACCGAGAGGAGCGACUUGAAGAGGUUGCCGAUCGCAUUGAGCAAGACCUUGUUCUCCUGGGAGGAACGGCUAUUGAGGACCGUCUCCAAGACGGCGUACCUGAUACUAUUGCUAUUCUCGGACAGGCCGGCAUCAAGUUGUGGGUUUUGACUGGCGACAAGGCCGAAACAGCCAUCAACAUUGGGUUUUCUUGCAACCUGCUUUCAAAUGAGAUGGACCUCAUUUUGUUCGAUAUGCCUGAGGGCAGACCCGAGGACGCUUCCAACCUGCUUGACAAACACUUGAAGACCUUUGGGCUGACAGGGUCUGAUGAGGAGUUGGCAGCAGCUCGACUGGUUCAUGAACCCCCGCCACCGACUCAUGCGUUGAUUAUUGAUGGUGAAUCGCUCAAACUGGUCUUGGAAGAUGAGUUGAGGCAGCGCUUCCUGCUGCUGUGCAAGCAAUGCAAAUCGGUGAUCUGCUGCCGAGUCAGCCCCGCCCAGAAGGCUGCUGUUGUUCAUCUUGUUCGGAAUGGUCUUGAUAUCAUGGCCCUGUCCAUCGGUGACGGUGCCAAUGAUGUCGCCAUGAUCCAGGAAGCUGAUGUCGGGGUGGGCAUUGCUGGCGAAGAGGGUCGCCAGGCAGUCAUGUCCUCUGACUACGCCAUUGGUCAAUUCCGGUUCCUCCAACGGCUCGUUCUAGUCCAUGGCCGUUGGUCUUAUCGACGCCUGGCCGAAUCAAUCGCCAAUUUCUUCUACAAGAACCUGGUUUGGACUUUCGCCCUCUUCUGGUAUCAGAUAUACAACAGUUUCGAUAUCACGUAUCUGUUCGACUAUACAUACAUCCUUCUCGUCAACGUGGUCUUUACAUCAGUACCUGUCGGAUUGAUAGGCAUACUUGACCAAGACGUCAGUGAUAAAGUCUCGCUGGCAGUGCCUCAGUUGUAUCGUCGCGGCAUGGAGCGAAAAGAAUGGACGCAGAUGAAGUUCUGGCUCUACAUGGCCGAUGGUCUGUACCAGUCGGCCAUUUGCUACUUCAUGGCCUAUCUCCUUUUCGCGCCUGCAACAUUCGAGACCUCGAACGGACGAGGGAUUGACGACCGAAACCGAAUGGGUGUCUAUGUUGCCUGCGUUGCAAUCGUCGUGAUCAACUCUUACAUGCUGCUAAACACCUACAAAUGGGACUGGAUCAUGGUCUUGAUUACUAGUCUAAGCAUCCUCCUGAUCUUUGCCUGGACCGGAAUCUAUUCGUCGUUUGAGGCGUCGUUCCAAUUUUACAAAUCAGGCGCCGAGGUUUAUGGAGCAUUGACAUUCUGGGCCUUGUUGCUCUUGACAACUAUCAUAUGCCUACUUCCUCGUUUCGCAGUCAAAUUCUUCCAGAAAACCUUCCGACCGUACGACAUCGACAUCAUCCGCGAGCAAGUACGGCAAGGCAAAUUCAAAUAUUUGGACGAAUAUGAGGCAUAUGUUCCUCCGAAAAAUGUGGACGUGUCGGGUACUUCUUCAGAACAGCACACGGAGGACUUGCCGGCCGAACAGGAUGGGUACCAAGGUCAUGCCAGGUAUCCGAGCAUGGCUGAAUCCCAGCGGCCCAUCUACCCACCCUCAGAGGCACCAACUCGAGAUACACGUCACCCCCAUAGUCAGACUGGGAGUGACGGGACAGAUAGGACGAAGCCGUCCUUUGACAUGGCAAGUCACUAUGAACAAUCCCCAACCCAAGAAAGGGCUUUCCGAAAAAGGCCUUCAUUGGAGCCUGUUCGCCCGUCCUUUGACAGGACACGCCAGUCGUUUGAGAAGCUCAGACCUAGCAUUGAAGGGAGCCGGGAUUUCACGAGUGCCGCCAUGCUGAGUCGAAUAGAGUCGAGUUACUCGCAGCCUGCCAGCUCCGUUUACUCCCAAACUGGCCUUUCAACCACCAAUACGAGAAGGACGCAUGAUGCCGCUGAGGAGCGUCAGUAG